GGGCGGAAGCGCGAAGAGCCGGGGCUUCUCCAGCCCGGCGGUUUUCGGGGAAGAGAGGCUUCCUCGCCGGCAGGAGCCGGGGCCGAGAGGAAAAGGGCGCCGCUUCCCGCCUGAAGAAUGAAUGAGCCGGCAGCAAGCGGCUCUGCUCGGAGCUAGCCCUGCCCCAGCCGCUGGGCGAGGCGAGGCGAGGCGAGGCUCCGUCUUCCUCUCCCUCCUUCCCUCCCUCCCUCUCUUUCUUUCUUCCUUUCUUUCUGGAAAGACUCGCAAGUGGCCCCGGCUUUGUUUGGCGGCUUUUCACAGCCCGGCCGCGCCUCGGGGUUGUGGCUGCGGCUGCGGCGCUUCAGGUUGCGGCUGCUGAAUGAGGAUUCAUGGCGACAGGCACGACCGCCGCUGCCGCCCGCCCCCCCGGGCGCUCGGGGGUGAGUUCCACCGACCGGCGCUGAUCCCUGGCGAGGAUCUCUUCAGGAUCCCCUCUCCUUCCUCCUGAGCGGGCCUCCGGGGUGAUGGCCGGCGGGGGUGAGUUGGCGUUUUGAUUGCAACCUGACCAGCAUCUGGCGGGAAUGGUGUAAGAGAAGCAGCAGCCGCGGGCAGCGGAGAAGAGGCGACGCGAGUCUUCAGCCGGAACGAACGGAGGAUCUUUCCGCUGCGGCUCUUGCCGAGCCCAGCGCUCUGUCCGCACCAUGGGGAACAUCUCCUCCAACAUCUCUGCUUUCCAGUCCCUGCACAUCGUCAUGCUGGGCUUGGACUCUGCCGGCAAAACCACGGUGCUCUACCGGCUCAAAUUCAACGAGUUCGUCAACACGGUGCCCACCAUCGGCUUCAACACGGAGAAGAUCAGGCUGAGCAACGGCACCGCCAAGGGCAUCAGCUGCCACUUCUGGGACGUCGGGGGCCAGGAGAAGCUGCGGCCCCUCUGGAAGUCCUACAGCCGCUGCACCGACGGCAUCAUUUACGUGGUGGACUCCGUCGACGUGGACCGGCUGGAGGAAGCCAAGACGGAGCUCCACAAAGUCACCAAGUUCGCUGAAAACCAAGGCACCCCCUUGCUGGUGAUCGCCAACAAGCAGGACCUCCCCAAAUCGCUGCCGGUGGCGGAGAUCGAGAAGCAGCUGGCUCUGCAGGAGCUGACCCCGUCCACCACCUACCAUAUCCAGCCAGCCUGUGCCAUCAUCGGAGAGGGGCUCACGGAGGGCAUGGACAAACUCUACGAGAUGAUCCUCAAGCGCAGAAAGUCCUUAAAGCAGAAGAAGAAGCAGCAGCGGUAGAGCAGGGCAGGCCCCGAGGAAGCGGGGUCACCCUAGACAGACAACAGGCAUGGAGCUUGGUUUGUUAGCUUGAGGCCUGAUCAGGCAAAUGCCGGUCGGUGUCCAUAGACUUUUCCAGGGCCUUCCUUUCAAUAUGGUUUGCUUUGCCCGGAGAUGGGGUAUAAUAUUGUGCUGGCUGGCACUUGGGAUGCAGGUCAGAUCUGUGCGCAUCAGCCACCGGUUCCCACCCCUGGGAAGGCACCAUGAGCCACAAGACAGGAGGUGGACACUUUGGACUUUCUAAUAUUCUAGCAGGACUAGAAGAUGGGCAACUACAAAAACCUGAUUUUACCAGCUGUGUCUGCCCCUGUGAACUAGAUACACUUGCAAAAGACUUGCCACUAGAUGCCCACCCACCAACCCCCAUUCCUCUGGAAGGUUUCUCUUUUUAAAAAAGAAUACAUAACUAUAUAAAUAUAUCUAAAAUGGGAGGAAGUACUUUGGGAGAUGACCCUCACAGUGCUUGAUAGUACAGGGCAGGACCCACUUGCGUUUGGAUUAUUAAGGUUUAUGCUCCCAUCUCAGGAUCUUAGUGCAAGGUGAAGUGUGCAUGAAGAAAUAGACUUAAGACAUACAUUAAUUGCUUGAUGGGAACAAUGAUGCUUUGAUGGGGGGGGGUGGAUGCAUAUAUUCAAUGUAUAUUGCUUAAUGAAAUGGCUCUUUGAAGCUGG